AUGCGUACUGCUGCCGUUCUCAUUGCUUGCGCUACUUCAGCUUUGGCCUAUUCGGUCACUGUUCCCAACGCAAGCCAGGGAUGGACCAACUCUGGCUCUCAAACUGUUUCAUGGGAAAAGGUCUCCACUGACCGCGCCAACUUCACCAUCGUUCUCACCAACCAGGACCGCAGUGUCUUGAGCCAAGACCAGACUCUUGCUUCUCUCGUCGAUGGAGACCUCGGGACGACACAGGUUAACCCCCCUGGCGAAGGAUGGAUUGUCGGCGGCACCUACCGUGUCAAUCUCGUCCAGGACUCUGAAAACUUGAACAGCAUUCUCGCUCAGUCCUCCGAGUUCAACAUCAGCGAGAGCUCAAGCUCAUCUUCCUCUGCAACUGUCUUCUCCAGUAGCACCACCGCUGCUUCGACGACUCGCACUGGAACCACCUUGAUUGCCACCACUGGCACUGCAAGCGGUGCAUCUAGCUCUGCCUCGUCCACCGGAGCGGCGACCACCUCCAAUGCUGCGCUACCCGUUAGUGUCAGCAACAGUGGCUUUGUCGGCCUUCUCGCCCUCCUUGGCGCCAUGCUAUUCUAAAUUUGACAGACUAUCUUUACGCAUACACGCACAGUGCUGUUUACCUACUUGGACUUUCGCGUAUAUACCUUUUUUUCUUGCAGGGGCAAAAUUAUUAUACUGACAGUUUGGAAUAACCAUAUACUUGCUAGUGGACGCUUCCAUUGUACAUGCUUGUUGUAGUAUGUAUGAUACCAAGUCACAUUUGCUUCAUGCAGAAUUGCUCGGCACUUUCCGAGCCCUAUAAGAACCGCGAUCACGAGCCUCAAGUGGUACGCGCUUCUUGACUUCAUCCAUUUCCUUCCAUUUCCUAGCUUCACGCCCUUCUCAAUUUGCCUCUCGCGUAUCAUGCAUUUCUUCGCCGUCUCUUUGUCUCUGCUGUUCGCUGCCUCGACUUUGGCGUACCAAAUCAAUGAACCCUCCGGAACCGAAGGAUGGUCCAACUCUGGGCCCAAUAC